AUGGCUAUAUCAUUACAUUAUACAGAACGAUCGAAUUCAGUUCCGGAUCUAAGGCAAAUCAGUCGUACAGAUUCAGAUGAACAUGAUUUUUUAUCACCGAAUGAAGCCUAUAGAAAUAUUGAUAUUUUUACUUUUCUGCUACUUGCUGGUUCGUUUACAGAUUCGUUUACAAAUUUAUGUCGAAGAAGCGUACAAAAAAAAGGAUGGAAAGAAUUAUUUAUUGAAAUACGAGAUGGUUUAAAUUCAGAUAGCAAAUCAUUGGAGAAGCGAUUCAUGCUUAAUCGAUUCAUUCAAUUGAAUUUUGAAGAUUUUAAAGAAAAAAUUCGACAAAUCAAUGAAGAAAUUGAUAAUCAUAUGUCUGAUAUUCCAAUAGAUUGGGCUAAUCAUUAUAAUUCUGAAACAAUUAAUGAAACAUACAGUCAAGUGAUAGCAUGCAGAAAGAUACUAAGUCAACAACGCUUAUUUUAUAUUGAACGUGGUAAUUUACCUAGUUUACUAAUUUUACAACAAGCAAUAACCGAUCAAUUUCUUCGGCUUAUAUUUCUCUACAAUAGCAACUCAAAUCUGCAACAAAUCGAUUGUUUAGAAGCGUUCAAAGUUCUAUUUGAUCAUUCUCUGAUCAUUGUUGGUCAACCAUCUGGUACUGAAUGUUCAGCAGUUACGAAAUAUGAAAAAACUGACAAAUAUGUGACAAUAAUAAAAACACACAUUAUCUGUCUACUUGAUCCUAAUAGAGUUGACAAAUAUUUGAAACUUUCAAACAGUGGUGUUACACUCUAUGCAUUAGAUAAUACAGGAGGUCUUGAAAGAGGAAUUCCAUUGAAUUUGAUGUGGAAAAAACGAACAAUUACCUAUGAUAAAAAUAAAACGAGAACUUUUUUUUACAUGGAACUCAACGACAAAGAUCAUAUUCAAUUGACAGAAAUGAAUUCAAAAAACAAACCUUUUCAUAAUCAAAAAUUAUGUCAAUUAGUUUUUCAUACUACAUUUACAGUAAAUGAAACAAAUAUUCAAUAUUCUUCAACAUUGAAUUCAUCAUUGUUUGGUCUAUGUUCACAUGCAAUGUUUUAUCCAAUAUAUCUUGCUCAAAUUAUUAUUUCAGAAGUCGAACAAAUGUGUAAUCCAAUCAAUUCAGAAAAUCAUGCUAGAACUUUUACAAAAUUUAUUAACUUAUACCAUAAACGCGUAUGUGGAAUUGAAUUGAAUUGUCAUAGUCGUGAAUUUAUAGAGAAAGAAUUACACAAGAUCUGUACAUUAUCAUAUGAAAAAGUACAUAAUAUUUCUGUUAAUAUUGAAUUAAUACAACGAAAACCAUUUUCUUUCGAUAUCUAUCAGGAUAUAUUAGAAAAAUUGGUUGCACAAAUUAAACUUAUGAGCAAUCAUCCAUUUCUUUCAAUGUUGUAUAAUGAUAGACUUUUCUAUGGUAUAUGUAGCGAUACAGUUGAUCAUGGAUUAAAAGGUAACAGUAGACAACCUCGAUUAUUAGUACGAUAUAAUAAAUUAGAAGAUCAAGUAAAAAAUCAAAAACCGGAUAUUAUUUUUGUUAUUGACGAUGGUAAAUUACGAAAAGCUUGCAUAAAUCAUAAGAAUCUUGCUGAUGAAAUGUCUAAAUGUUUCGAUGAAGCAACAGUCAACAUCGAAACACAAUUGCAAGUAUUGAACUAUGAUAUAAAUUUUUCAUUUAAAAAUUUUAGUUGGUAUUCUGAUUCACGUUUAAAUUCUAAUAAUAUGGUUAAAACUGAUUGUGAAACAAUAUUUUAUUCAUUAGAACUUCUUCUUAAAAAUGCAAUACAAAACAGCCGUUAUUAUCGACAAGUGCCAAUGCCAAGCGUUGAAUCAGAUUCACAAACAUCAACUGAACAGUUUUGUUCACUUCAUACAAUGAUUGUUUCUUUAGAAUUAUCAGGAAAUGAAGAUUUAAGAGCUGAAGCUUUUACUCAUUUACGAGAUACUUUGUGUCAAUGGUGUGUGAAUCACGGUAUUCAUGGUUCCUUAAGUUUUCUUCCAGCAAUAGAUUCUCCCGAGUGGCCUGAUAUCAAUGAUACAUCAUCUAUAUUACCUCAGUAA